UUUAAUUCCUGCGACGCGACGCUCGGGGUAUAAAAAGUUCGCCGACAAACGUUUCUGUCUCUUUUGAAUUCAUCUGUCGAUCCAGCAGCUGUGUGGGCUCCGUGCACACUGUUUAACUACUUCAGAGUGAUCAGCUUAAGUCUGGCAGCUCUCUGCACAAGUUUAAGAAGUCCCAUAUUGAAAAUAUGGAUUCUCAUGUCCUUAGGAGUUUCUCCCCUUUAUGACAGGUCAAGGUGGGCCCAUAGAAGACUAUGCAAAGUCAAGACUGAGCUGAAGAGGUGUGUGAGCUGUCGUAAAAAAUGUUGAGGCCAGAAAGAUACAUCAGCUGCUGAGCCUGUUGGAAUGAUGGUUGCCAUGCAGCGCUGUGACACUCCACACUAAACCUCCUGACUGAAGACUGUUCAUUUCAUGCAGGUUAAGCUGGCUACUUCUGAAGAUUUGUGUGAAGAGUGAUUCAUCUUGUGGGGUGCAGCUACAAUGUUGGACAUAGAUCUUGUACCAUUCUGCUAGUCUGGUCCCGGAGUCUGCGGUCAAGUAAAUUUGACAGAAUUGGAUCAAGUGCUUGCAGCGACUCUGCCCUCCAGUAUGCCUGCAUGCUAUGCGGUGGCAAGAGGAUUCUAGUCUGAAGAUGGAUGUCACUGUUUAAUGGCAAAAAAUAUUUUGCAGUUUAAAGAGCAUUAUGCAAUGUGUUCUAUAAUUGUAAUGGUAUUACAACUGCCUGAUUGAAACCAAUAUAACUUGUUUAGCCUCCUGACAAAGCCCUGCCUACUCAUGUGUAGGAACUAAAAGCCAAAACUGCUCAAGUGAUCCUAAUCUCAUGUCUAAAUACCUGAUCACAUGUACAGUCAUGUUGCUUUUACUUCAUGUUCCUGAUGUCUGCUGUCCUCACUCAUCUGAAUUUGUCUUAUGGAAUUGUGAAACUUUUAUACAAAUAACUGCAUUGUGGACUAAGUUCAGUGCAAAUGCAAAGUAUGUCUGACUUGACUUUUCCACAUUUUCUCCUGCCUGCAAAAAUACAGAUUUUGUCACUAAGACAUCUUAAAUGACCUUUAGCCUCACCAGUUUGUUUCUGUCCUGUUAUGCUGUUUAAGUUCUGAGGUUUUUAUGCUGAUCAUGUAAUCCCCCAUGUAAAGUGCCUUGAGUACUUUAAGUGCUAUAAAUAAAUGUCUUGUGUAUUUCUGGUAAUAGUUUAAAAUGGUUUCAGGAUUUCUUGUUCAUGCACACUGUUAAUGUUUCAAACCUUUAGUUUUCCACCCGGUACUUACUGACCCUGUAGGAAAUAACUCUCACAUCUGGAAUCAAAUUUUUUUUUUUUUUAAUAGUUGUUAGACACACAAAGGCUUUGCCAAGGAAGAUAUUAGGACUUGCUUUAUUCUCUGGUAUUGUGUUCUGUGGUUAACAAUUACCUACAUCAAAUUGUUAGAAGUGGUGCCUCUGGAUCAAAGUUACAAUUGAAGUUUGGGAAAUGGGUUGGGUCUAUAGGAAUUCUUGCAUUUAUUGCAUGUUGGCAAUGUUCUAUCAAUUUGAUUUAGGUGUGAGGGUCUUCUGGAGACAUGAUCAAGGACAACCCACUUGACACUGUAAAGGACUUCACUCAUUCAGUGUGAAACGAUGGGAUGGGACUUACGGAAGCCUCUCGUCAACAUGACUGAAUCUGGAACUUGCCCCUCCGUCAUCAUCUUGCGUUACCAAGACGGCAGUGAAGGGUGUCCCUCCAAUCCUGCCAGGUUCAACAAUCAAGACUAUGUGCAGCUGAAAGAUCACCACCUUCGCAAAGGGACACUGUUUGAGGACACCACCUUUCCACCUAACAGCCGAUCUCUGGGAGACAUGUCUAAGCUGAAUCUAAAAGACAAAGUGGAGUGGCUUCGACCAGCAGAAAUCUUGAAAAGACAAAAGAUUAUUGGUGAGCCUAUUUUCUGUGAUGGAGCUUCACGGUUUGACUAUGGGCAAGGCAAUUUGGGUGACUGCUGGUUUCUGUCUGCAAUUUCCUCACUGACAUUCCAGGAAGACCUGGUGAAGGAAAUUGUGCAUAUAGAACAGUCCUUCAUUAACUAUGCAGGGAUUUUUCACUUCAAGUUUUGGAGGUUUGGCAAGUGGGUAGAUGUUGUCAUUGACGACCUCCUGCCAACAUGCAACAACAAGUUAGUGUUUGUUCACCCCAAAAAUGGAAACGAGUUCUGGGUUCCUCUGCUGGAGAAGGCAUAUGCCAAGUAUGAAACCUACUCGCUCACUCUCAAAACACAUCAAGUGUGUGGUUCAUACUCAUACAUAUGGGGUGGGUUCCCAUCAGAUGCCUGCAAGGAUUUCAGUGGAGGCGUGCACAUGACUAAAAAACUCAGGGAGGCCCAAACUGCAGGUCAUGAAAUUGAGCUGUGGCUCGCACUGAGCAGAGCCUUUCAGUGCAAGUCGAUGGUUUGCUGCUGGACUGCCUCUAUAGGGGAUAAGUUGGAGAACAAUAUAGCACACACUGGACUGAUAAAUAAACAUGCCUACUCUGUCACAGCAGUCACUGAGGUUGUGUACGGCGGUUCCAAAGUGAAGCUGGUGAGAGUUAUGAACCCUCAUGGCAAAACGGAGUGGAAUGGAAAUUGGAGUGACAAUUCAGAUUUGUGGACAAAAGUAAACCAAGAAGAUUGGAAAAAUCAUUUAAACCUCAACAAUGGAGAGUUCUGGAUGGAGCUGAAGGACUUCUGUCACUAUUUCUCGAGGGUGUCAAUCUGCUGUGAGAGCCCUAACUUUAUCGACGGAGACUUCACCUGCCAGUGGACAUGCAUGAUUCAUGACGGCAACUGGGUGGCAGGGACAUCGUCAGGCGGAAGCCCGAACCAUUCUACGUUUGCCACCAAUCCUCAGUAUCGCAUCCAGGUGACUAACAUAGACAAGGAGGAGCAGGGAGACAAAAACGUCUUUCUUUCCCUGAUGCAGAAACCUCUGCAGGAUCUGACAAAGAAAACAUUCUUAUUCAUUGGACUGGCUGUCUAUCAGGUUCCAGCAGGGACACCACAAGGAUGCCUGAAGUCCUCCUUCUUUAAAAGCAACACACCACUAAAGCAACCACCGGCUUACACCGCAGAAAGGGAGCUGAUUGAGCAGCACAGUCUGCAGCCUGGAGAGUACGUGAUUGUCCCCUUCACCGAGAAAGCCAAUACUGCAGACUUUGUUCUUUCAGUCUACACCAAGACUGAUGCUACGAUUACUUAAGGACUUACUGAUAUUUGACAUAUACUGUCCCAAUGCAGUCUUUUAUAACAAAACAAGGAUUGCUCAUUCAAUAUCUGAUCUAUACUUUAGGCUAGUAUUCUGAGGUCAUAUCCUUGGUGUAGGUUUUGGAAAUUAGUGGUUUUAGCAAGGUGGGUUACUUAACAAACAUAUGGUUAUUUAGAGGCUGAUUACACCAUGUUUAUGUUGAAGAUUUUUACUUAGUCCUGAUGUUUGAAUAUGCUUAAGACUGAUAAAUGCUACUCAAAUGAUGUUGGAUAAUGUUUAAGAUGUUUAUUGACCAAUAAUGUUAGCCGCUAUACUUCAGGGUGCAGUCUUUUUGCUUAGCCUUGUUGCUCUCAAUCUGUGGCUUCACAUAUUUGUAAGAACACACAGAACCAUUUAGCAACAUUGCUAAAUGGCUGUGGGGAAAGUUAGGGUAAAAGCCACAAUUCAAAAUUAAUUCAUCACAUCAGAUCAGGGUCUUUAUGGAUUCUAUCAUAAUGUUGCUUGCACCCCAGGCUUGAUAAGACUUAAAGACUAGAUUUAUAAACAUAAGGACCCUUGCAAGGAGACUGCAGUGUUGAUGUCAACCAAUAGUGUGAUUGUUUUGUGCAUGGUUAAAGGAUUUCACUGCCAUAUAUCAGUCUUUAUUUUGUUUGGAAGUGGAUAGGGUUAGGGUUACACUAUUUAAUAUUAUUUAAUAUUGAUUGUGUGUGGAUGUGGAGGUGGAGAAGGUGGGCCUUACCACAAGACCCUCAACAGGCGGAGCAAGGCAGUAGGCUAUGUAUUAAUCAUUGUAAUACUGAGUUGGAUGCGUCUGCUCCCAGAACCAGCUCGGACAUAUAUACUCUUUUUUUACAUUGCGGUUUUAUGUAUUUCAUGUCUUUAGUCUUAGUCUUAACUACAGAUCUUGGUGUAACCAUUUGUACCCUUCUAGUCGCGUCUUGGCUUUGUAGUACUUUUUCUGGUUGAACUACAUCAUUGAUUGUUUUGAAAAAAUCUUAAUAACCAGAUUGUAAAAUAAAAAUCCCAUGACACCAGAA